UAGAAGAGCUGAAAUUAGCAGGCGAAACACUGUAUUUGCAUUCAACGAAUAAUAGCUGGCAAUCUCAACCAAGUGCCGAAGUUUAUUCCUAGCGUUUAUCGACUUGCAUUGCUUUUGUAGAAAACUUAGACAUGAUAAGCGUUCAGGAAGUGUCUGCGUGUAUAUUUCACAAUUGCGAGCCUUCAUAAGAAGUGAUGCAGAUGUAUUUUUAGCACAAGUAAUCAGAAAACCAGCUUUGCAUGAGAAAAGGGUGCUGUUUGAUGUGACAUGAAGAGGAAUGAUUAUCACUUUUGACUACAAUGUAAAUUCUACAUCUGAUGAUCUGCAAGUCAGUUAGGAAAUCCAGUGGCUGCAUCAAGCUAGUGUUGGGACAAAGAAAAUGAGGAUGUGAGCUGUAAACUAUGAAGGCUGGAAUGAGAGUGAAAUCGCCAUAAUGCUGUCGUCCGAUCAGGGUACUGGUGAUAUUGCAGAUUGGUUGCUCAGUAUUCAUCUGGAGCAGUAUGCUGACCGCUUCAAACAGUCUGGUUAUUUCACUGUGGACGACUGUCAACACAUGAACAAUGAGGUUCUUCGUCAGAUUGGGAUUGGUCCCACAGGACAUCGUAAAAGAAUACUUAAACACUUGAACUCUACAAUCCCAGAAGCAGAUAUGACGACAGUAUCUAAACGUCCUGAGACUGGAGGCACGGACUUAGAGAGUGAGAAUCGGGUGUUACUUUUACAUAGCCCACCCAAAACUGAAGCUGGCAGAAGUGUACCUGUAGCAAAGCUGAGAACUAAAUUUGUUAAGGGCAACUUAACUUCAGACUAUAUAGACCCAGUCAAUCCUGAUGGAUGUAUUCAGUCAAAAAACAAAAUCCCAUCUCCCCAAAUGCAGAAAUGUCCAUUUGGUAAAAAUCUGCAAGUAGAUGCGUUUGAGCCGGAAGAAGCCUGUUUUAAUUUUUGUGACGUGCAAGUUGACAUGGACACCAGACCACCAGUGCCACCACGGCUUCAUCAGGGCACACCACCACUCAAGUUCACCACUGAUAGAAUGCAACUGCCUUCUGCUUUGGUUGAUUCCUCAAAUUUUUACUUAAUAAAGGAACACUCUGCCUCUGUGGAAACACAAAAUUUAACCAGCACUCCUCCAGACUCAUCCCUCUUUGAAUUCCAAGGAGAAAUGGUGCAGAAUGAUUUGUAUGUCGAGCAUAUGGGCAACUUGGAGCAGGUUACUUCCUGUCCUGUGACAGCAUCUGAUCUUCGAAACAGGCCAGUGCCGCAGCUCCCUGGUGUGUGUGCAGCCACGCUACGCUUGACAGACAACAGUUCCUUACUGAAACGAAGAAACCUCAACCUUUCACAUAUCCCCACUUGUGACGUUUCGCAAAAUCUACCGUUGGCUGAUGAAAAUAAACCACCCCCUAUCACCCCAUAUGGGGAAAUGUACCUGUACCAUAGUCCUGAAGAUGAUCAGGAGAUUUUAAACAGACAUCUUCUACAUGGCGUCGAAACAUCAACAAGAGAGAAUAGCGACCAAGAGACAAACAACGAAUUAAGGAUCCACCAUGGUGCAAAAUUGUGCAACAAUAACAACAAUUUUGAGCAGAUAUUAUCACACAAAAAUCAUCAUACAGCAGAUGAAGAGCCUGUUAUGGAAUAUUCUACAGCCAGUGACAGCAUUUGCAAGCAGAGGUCAAUGGUUCAGGCAGUGUCCAAAGACUAUUGCAAACUUCAAGCACCAUCUAAGCAGAGUUUUUUAUGUACAGAGGAUUGCUCACUUCUGUCGGAUGGCACAGAAGAACCUACCUAUGACGCAGGAGAUAAUGAGCAUGAUUCAAUAUCACCAUAUGCUUGCUUCUAUGGUGCGGCAAAGAAGACAAAGGAAGGUUGGCUGGAUAAACUCUCACCGCAAGGGAAUUGUGUGUUCCAGAAACGAUGGGUUAAGUUUGAUGGUGAGAAUUUGUCAUACUACAACAAUGAGAAGGAAAUGUACUCAAAAGGAAUUAUCCCACUCUCUUCAAUAAAUAGAGUUCAAGAGUUAGGAGACAACAAAUUUGAGGUGGUUUCCUCUACCAGAACAUUUACUUUUAGAGUUGAAAAAGAAGGUGAUCGAGAUGACUGGAUGGACACACUUCUCACUGCAUUAAAAUCACAGUCUAAUAUAUUUUCUCAAUUGAAUCCUCGAUGUGCUGUUACAACUGAUAAAUUUGGUUAUCUUGAGCUAAGGGGCUACAAAGCUCGAAUCUUUGUUGUAUUGCGAGGCAGCAUCAUAUGGCUAUAUAAGAGUGAGCAGGAUUUUAAGAGUGGAAUUGGUAUCACAAUGGUUAACACAAAUGUGGCAACAGUCAAAGAUAUUGAUCGUAAAAGCUUUGAACUAUCAACUCCAUUCCGAAAUUUCAGCUUCACAGCAGAAUCUGAACGCGAGAAACAAGAAUGGAUUGAAGCUAUGCAAGGAUCGAUAGCAGAAAGCCUGUCAGAUUAUGAAGUGGCAGAGAAGAUCUGGUUCAACGAGUCUAACAGAAACUGCGCAGAUUGCCGUGCACCAGAUCCUGAAUGGGCAUCCAUCAAUCUUGGUGUUGUCAUCUGUAAAAAAUGUGCAGGUCAACAUCGAUCACUGGGUUCUAAUAUUUCCAAAAUUCGUAGUUUGAAGUUGGAUACCAGUAUUUGGAGUAACGAACUUGUUGAGCUUUUCAUUGUUGUAGGAAACAAAGUAGCCAACACUUUUUGGGCAGCCAAUCUCAAAGCGGGUGAAGAAUUGGAUAUGGAUGCACCACCAAACUAUCGCCUUGAAUUCAUCACUCAAAAAUACAAGGAAGGAAAAUUUCGAAAAAAACUCUCAUCUUUUCUAAACCAAGAAGAACUAAACAAGGCUUUAUGUCAAGCCGUUGUGACACAGGAUAUCUUGGAGACUAUGACUCUUGUUUUCAGUGGGGCAGAUGUCAUGUGUGCAACAGGAGAACCUACUUAUUGUACCCCUUACCUGUUGGCACAGAAAGCUGGCCAACGAUUACAAAUGGAGUUUCUGUUCCAUAAUAAACUCUCAGUACUCCCGAAGAUUGAUGCACUGUCUAAAGCUGGCGUCCUUUCUAAUAACUCACAGUCCAGCUUUUUGUGUGGUUUCCUCUACAAGGCAAUGAACACUACAAAAACCAUAAUUGAGAAAAGAUUGAAAGAAGAUUUCCAAAAGCGAUGGUGUACCUUAGAAGGCGGAUUUCUGAGCUACUAUGAAAGUGACAAAUCAGCAACACCAAACGGGAGGAUUGAUAUCAGCGAAGUGGUCAGUUUAGGAGUGGCCAAGUUUGAUUUUACAUGGGGCCCUGGGGUGAGCUCUACCUUUGAUAUGUAUUUGCUGUCAGAACGGGUCUUCUCCUUCGGCUCUGACAAUGUCGAAAUUCUAAAAGACUGGACCCGGGCAAUAGCCAAGUUUUUCGUACCUGAAGUGGUAGAAAUCCUGUCCAAGAGAGAUUAUGAACUGAUUGGUCGGCUGUACUACAAAGAUGUGCAUAACCUAGAACACUGGAAAACAGGCUGGUUUGCAUUAGAUAAAUCACAACUCUGCUUCUGUCCUGAGCAGGAUGUAGUUGAAGAGGAUUCUGUCCAUUUAAAGAGGCUGCAAGAACUCACUGUCAGCACUGAGAUUGAGAAACCCGGGGAGAAGAGAGAUGUCUUAUUGCUGUUAGAAAAAGGAAGAACUUUGUACAUCCAUGGUCAUACGAAGUUGGAUUUCACAGCUUGGCACACUGCCAUCAGGAAAGCAGCAGGUACAGAUGGUAAUGCUCUCCGAGACCAGCAGCUCAGCAAAAAUGACAUUCCCAUCAUCGUGGACAGCUGCAUAGCGUUUGUUACACAGUAUGGUCUUGGCUGUGAAGGGAUUUACCGAAAAGGUGGCACACCAUCACGAAUUAACCUGCUUCUAGAUCAGUUCAGAAAAGACGCCAGAAAUGUGAAGCUCAGAAUUGGGGAACAUCAGCUGGGUGAUGUAACAGAUGUGAUGAAGAGAUUUCUAUUCGAAAUAGAUGAUGCUCUACUCACCAAGGAAUUAUAUCCAUAUUGGUUGUCUGCAUUAGAUGUACAAAAUGAAAAAGAAAGGCUGGAAAAAUAUCGAAUGCUAAUACAGACGUUACCACGUGUCAACCGGGUUACUCUUGCAGCACUGAUUGGCCACCUUUACAGGGUGCAGAAAUGUUCAAAGAUGAAUCAGAUGAACACGCACAGUUUGUCUCAGGUAUUUUCACCCUACUUAUUCCAAACAGAAGGUCAAACCAAACAAGAAGUUAAUGUCAUUGAGGAUCUAAUCAAUUUAUACGUUCAACUCUUUGGUGUUAAUGAAGAUCAAGUGAAACAGAUGGAGAUAGAAAACAGCUUCAUAAUGACAUGGAAAGACACACAGGUUGCCCAAGCUGGGGACCUGAUCAUUGAAGUCUACCUGGGGAAAAAGGAGCCGGACUGUUGCUGCAUAAUUAGGGUUUCUCCGACCAUGACAGCAGAAGAAUUAACUUGUAUAGUUCUCGAAAUGAAGAACAUUGUCAUUGCUGAGAAGAUUGUCUGGGCAACAUUUGAAGUUAUAGAGAAUGGAGAGCUUGAACGAGUAUUGCACUACAGAGAGUGUGUUCUGGAACAGGUUCUCCAGUGGAGCACACUGCCUGAGCCUGAAUCUGCUUACUUGAUCAUAAAACAGUUUCAAGUUGCAACAGCCAUCAAAAAGUACCUUGUGAAAAAUGUCAAAGACUCUGUGAAAACAGGAAUUCUAAAAUGGAGAGAAGAGCCAUCCAAAUUAUUAUCCGGAAAUAAAUUUCAGGAGCGUUACUUUGUCCUACGGGAUGAAAAGCUGCUCCUCUAUAAGGACGCCAAGAGCAAUAAAACAGAAAGAGAAGUAGUUGUGAAGUCCUUAAAACUGUACCUUGGCCUGAAAAAGAAGCUGAAGCCUCCGACUAGCUUGGGCUUUACACUUUAUUCAGAAAAACAGCAGUGGUAUUUGUGCUGCGAUAAGGAAGACGUAUAUGUGGAAUGGUUAGCUAGUUUGCUCAAUGCACAGCAUGAAGGCGACCUUUGGCGACUAGAUGCAAAGUUGCAUGUUUCAUCAGCGAUAUUGAAUUCAAAACUCAGCAACAUGGGUUUAACACCAGGUCAAAAAAAGAUUGAUGGCAGAAAAAUGGAACAAGCACAUGACUGCAGGAAGCUGAAGCUGAAGGAUGCCCUUCAUCAAACAUUUGGUGAGGAUACACAAGGGAGAUCUCAUCACUUGGCUGCCUGCCAACACCACUCAGAGCUUCUGCCUACAAAUGGACAGGAGCCAAAUCGACCCACUUUACGUCCAGGUCAAAGUAGUGUAACACAAAACAUCACAAAAUUAGAACGUAAUCAAGGACCACAGAAUUCAGGUCAAGCAGAAGGCAGCCUGAAUAAAAUGAUUUUUGGAACAGAUGCAAAACUGCAUUCACAACUCAUGCAGGAGCUGAACACUGUCUUUGUAAAAAGUAAUCCGUUGGUUAAGAAUGAAUAAAGUAUGUCUUCAUCUCUUAAAAUAUAUGGACAGCUUCAUCAUCUUUAGUGAACACCAUGCAUCGUAAAAUGAAGAUAUUUUACUUUAUAAGAAUUCACAAUUAAGAGGCUAUUUCCAUUCGGCUACUUACAUCAUUCCAUUUUUAAUGUAUCUUUUUAAACAACAGCUUGGAUCCAUUCAAAUUGUCUGAUUUUAGAAACUACAUUGAUCCAUAUUAAAUACUCAAAAGUAAAAUCCUGACAUACAUGUGCACUUCAUUUAUUGGACUAUCCUUGAGGCUUGUCUUGCAUCAAAGUUGAAUUACAUGGUGCUUAUGACUAAAUUGGGUGUGACUGGUCAGGCAAUUUGGGAAGAAUUGUUGCUAUGCAGCCUGCAUGUUAAGUGCAGAUGGUCAUAGCCAAUGAACAACCGUUAGUUUGCUUGGAGUUGUCAUUGUUGAUAAUUGAUUGUGAUGUUUACCUUCUUUAUCAGAUUAACAUGGGAGUAGAAAGGUUAUCUCCCUCUUGUCAAAGCACAUAUUUCUAUCAAGUUCCUAUAAAGGAAUAUUUUAGAUUUAAUUAGAACCACAGUGACAUAAUGCUGAAGUAUCCAUUUUUAAGAUACAAUAUGUAUUUCUUAGAAAACAGUUAAGCUUGCAGAGAUGUGUAGCCAAGCGACUGGUCUCCAAAAUCAUCUAAUUUGAUGAUAGCAUGUUAGUUCGAUAUUUAUAUACAAAGGAAGAUGAAAUGAAGUACAGAAAAGGGAAUUUUAUACUUUCAUAAAAUUGGCAUUUAUGAUUUGCUUUUCAAUUGACACAUUCACAGUCAUUGACAAGCUUAUAUGUUUUUAACUUCCCAUAAUAUUGGUAGCGUUAGAAACCAUAGCGUAUUAAAUCCGCCAAUGAUUUGGACAGUCUGCAGGCUGAUGUGAUAGGGAUUUGCUGUAGUAUUCUCUUAUUUUUAAAAAUUCUUUUUUGUUUGUGCUCUGCCUAAAGACAGCCACUUGGUUUGUGGUCUACUUUAACUUCAUCCUGAGCUGUUUCUCUGUCAGGCUUUGUUAGUGACAGUUUGUUAUUGCCUUUGCACCCUCUGAAGCAAGGUGAGGAGGUGAGUUCCAGGUCUACCUCGCUAGAGUGGGAAUUGAAUCUGCGCUGUUGGUGUUAUUCUGAAUCACACAUUGGCAAUCUAGCCAAUUGUGAUAACUGGCCCCUUAGCUCAUCAAGUUCACAACAUUUUGAAGAGAAAUGCAAUUUGCUGUUCAAGCAAAUUGGCUGCACCAAAGAUGCUGCCUGAUCUUUACCUUCAUCCUGAAGAGUACUUGCUUUUAUAGCUCUCUCAUUUGCAAUUGACCUAAUCACUAUAGAAGUUACUAGAUUUAGUUAAUUAAGAUGGAAAGAGUUGUAUUUACAUCACAUCUUUUGUGACUGCAAGUCACCCCCAAGUGCCAAUGAAGUGCUUUUAAAGUUGUACUUCUGACUGCCUAAUUUCCCACAUUAUAACAGUGUAUAUAUGUGCGCUUUCCUGGAAUCAGCCACAAAAUCAACAUCUGUCUACUUGAAAUGAUUCCAAUGAUGAAAAGCUACAGUUGAUGCGCAUUUGGGAUUUUUAAGGAUUUUGUAUGCUUCAUUUAUUGGGUGCCUCAAAAAAUUUCAGAAGCCCUUUCUGCUCAAUGAAUAACAAUCGGUGACUGUGCAUAUAAGGCAAUCAUUUUAUGUAUAGAAAAUGGCACAAUCAGUGACCAGAUGAAUAACUCAUUAAUCUUUGUUUCAUCUUGGUAUUGUUAGUUGAAGGAUGGAUGUUAGCCAAGUUACCAGGAAAUUAUCUGUUCAUCAUACAACAGUACCAUUCAAUCCUCAGUAUCUACUAAGUUAUUGGGAAGAGUAAUGAUCAGGGCCUUUUCUGAAAAAAAUCAUGUACAGGAUAUGGGUGCCACUGGCUGAGCCAGAAUUUAUCGCCCACUUCCAGUUGGCCUGAAGAAGGUGAUGGUGAGCUGCUUUCUUGAAAUCCACAUUCUACCUGGAAACGGGUACAUUCACAAUGUUGUCAGAUGUGGAGUUUGAGGUUUUUGACCCUGCGAUACUGAAGGAAUGUUUAUAUAUUUCCAAGCCCAGAUGUCAAGUGGCUUGGAGAAGAACUUGCAGCUGAUGGUAUUUCCAUGUACCUGCUACUCCCAUACUUCCACAUGGAAGUAAUUGAAGAGCUGGAAAGUGCUGGAAAGCCUGGACAGGCUUUGUGGAGUCAGGAGUUGAGUUGCUAAUAUUUGUAGUCUCUGACUUGCUCUGAUCGUCACAGCAUUUAUACAACUACUCCAGUUCAGUUUCUGGUCAUUUGCAACUCUCCUUGAUGUUGACAGUGUGUAAUUCAGUGAUGCUAAUACUAUUGAGUGUCAUAGGGUAAUGGUUCAAUUCUCUUAUGGGAAAUGACCAUUGCCUGGAAUUUGGGUGGUGUGAGUGUUACGUGUCCUUUGUCAGCCCGAGCCUAGACUUUGUCCAGAUCUUGUUACAUUUGGGCAUGGACUGCUUCAAUAUCUGAGGAGUCACGUGUAGUGCUGAACAUUAGUUCUGAUAAUAUGAUAGGAGCAAGGUCAUUGAUGAAGCAGCCUAAGAUGAUUGGGCCUAGGACUAUACCCUGAGGAACUCCUGCAGAGAUGUCCUGAAGCUGAGGUGGCUGACCUCCAACAACAAAACCAUUUUCCUAAGUAACAGGUAUGACUCAAAUCAGUGGAGAGUUUGCCCCCAAUACCAAUUGAUUCCAGUGUUGCUUGGGCUCCUUGAUGCCAUACUUGGUUGAACGUGACCGUGAUAUCAAGGUCAGGAGCUGAGUGGUCAUGGCAGAAAUGAAACUGGGCAUCCCAGAACAGGCUAUUGCUGAGCAGGUGCUGUUUGAUAGCACUGGUGAUGAUACCUUCCAUCGCUUUACUAAUGAUCGAGAAUAGACUGAUGGGAUGGUAAUUGGGUUUCUGCUGCCUUUUUCUGUACAAGAUAUAUCUGGGAAAUUUUCUGUGCAGUCUGAUACACACCAUUGUCAAAACUUGGCAAAGGACACAGCAAGUUCCGGAACAAUACUACCGCCAGAAAAUUUUCAGUGCAUUUCUUGAUAACAUGUGGAGCAAAGUGAAUUGGAUAAAAAUCAGCAUCUGUGACACUGGGGAAGCCACAAUGAAUCAUCUACUGAGCACUUCUGGCUGGAGAUUGCUCUGAAUCCUUUGCGAUAAUGUGCACUGAGCAUUGCUGUGAAUGGGGAUGGCUGUAGAGCCUCCUCCUCUUCCAGGGAGUUGUUUGAUUGUCCUUCACCAUUUAUGACUAGAUAUGGCGGAACUGCAGAUCUUAGAUCUGACCUGCCAGUUGUGGAAUCACUUCGGUCUGUCUAUCAGCUGCUAGUUUUGCUGUUUGGAAUGGAAGUAGUCCUGUUUUGUAUCUUUACCUGGUUAAUACCACAUUUUUAGGUAUGGUGCUGUUCCUGCCAUACCCUCUUGCAUUGAGCCAUUGAUCUCUUGGUUUGACCUUAAAGGUAAAGUAGGGGAUGUGCUGGGCUUUGAGGUUUCAAUUCGUAUUGGAGUACAAUUCUGCUGUUGUUGAUGACUCUCAGAACCUCUUGGAUGCCCAGUCUUAAGGUAGCAGAUUUAUUCAAAGUCUAUCCCAUUUAGCAUUGUGGUUAGGCACACAACAUGAGAUGUUUUUUCUCAAUGUGAAAGCAGGACUUGAUCUCUAUACUGUCAUGGACAGAUGCUCCUGGGAUAGGCAGAUUAGUAAGAAUGAGAUCAGUUAUGCUUUCCCCUCUUGUUAAUAGCAUUUUCAAAGAAUGGCACUUUCAGAACUGUUGUGUAUUGUCAAGCAUUGGCACAAUCGAUUAUGUCAAAGUCCUAGAAGUGUAACAAAAGCCCAUGGUUUUCUAGGAGUGAUUCUUAUCUGUCAUCAACACAUAAAGAUUGUAUGUCUGAUGUUUGAGUCCCAGGAUUGAUCAGCUGAAAUGUGUACAUUUUCCCCAAAACUUAUAGAUAUUGUUCUGUUGUCUAUCCCUGGAGUAUUUUUUUCCCAAACCCAUUUUCAUUGCUGCAGCAUGAGUGUUCUUCCAUUGGAAGGAACUGCUUCAUGAAAGUCAGUUUUUACCACAGAUGCACCAUUGACACUGGGAGUUUAGUAUAUGGACAGUUUCUCCCUGUGUCACUUGAAAAAAUUAUUGUUAAUUUGCACUUGAAGUUCCUGUUUUCAGUCAUUAAAAGCAACCACAACAGAUGUCACCAGCCAUGAGGUGAUUUCUGCAAUUAUACCACUGCCAUUUUGGUUUUUGUGACUUUUCCUAGGCAUGAGUUGGAUUCCACCCAGGUUCUUCUCAAACAUGAUUCUUGGAUGAUUUUUUCAGUUAUUUUACACUAUUUUGUGUAUUUAAAUCUGUACAGAUGUAAGAUGGAGUUGGUUCAUUGUUGCAUCAGUGUAGAGGAUGGUACAGUUUGAUCCUUAAUAUGCUAAAUUAUGACAGCACCUUGUGAAAACUUUGCUACGUCUCUGUGCUUGUGGAGUACUAUAGAGUUGCAAGAUCAAAAUAACUUGAGAUUUGUAAUGCGGAUGCUCUGUGAUUUUAAAUGUGGCAUGGUCUGAACUGUUUUCACAAUACCGCCUGUGGUUUCACCCCUUAGCUGAAAGAGAAAGAAACCACGAGUUCAGCAGUUUCUAUUCUGGCUGAUCAACACUGACAGUUGAAGACAAAUUCAUGAAUUGCAUAUAUAGUAAUCAGUUAUUGCUUGGACCAAGAGAGAAAAAGAGGCAGUUAGGCAGUUCAAUCUCAUGAAUUUAACAUGAUGCUGUAAAUAAUGCAGCAGCCCAGACGAGCAGAAGUUGAACCGCCUUUUAGAAUUUCAAAUUGACUGUUACCAAAGUCCUGAUUGGUAUGAGGUAGUUGAUUUGCUCACCAAGCUGGCUGGUUAUAGUUCAAACUAUAUGAACUAUAUAUAACAAGCCAGCUCGGCAAGCAAAUCAACAACCUUGCCCACAAACUGAGCUACAAAUCUUCGCAAGUACCUUAAACUCCUGAUUGGUAUCAUUGAAUGCAACAUUUGGCAGCAUGAGUUUCAGUUCUGUUUAGAUCAUAGUUUUGUAAAUCUUAAGAGGCUCUGUAUCCUCUUAGUUGCUUCUAAUUAUGAUUUGCUAAGCAACAGCUGAUGAUUAAUUGCUACCUAUCACAGAGUAUCAAGGUUUUCUUUUUCUAUUAUUCCAAAGUGUUUCUAUUCCAGAGGAGAUGACUGCAAUGUAGAUUUCGUACCCUAUAGACACAUAGGUAGAAUUUCUCCAUGCGAGUUCCUUGAUUUUCCAGCAUGACUUAGACCAUAAGACAUAGGAAUGGAAGUAAGGCCAUUCGGCCUAUCAAGUACACUCCGCCAUUUAAAUCAUGGCUGAUGGGCAUUUCAACUCCACUUCCCUGCACUCCCCCCCCGUAGCCCUUGAUUCCUUUUGAGAUCAAGAAUUUGUCGAUCUCUGCCUUGAAGGCAUCCAACGUCCUGGCCUCCACUGCACUCUGCGGCAAUGAAUUCCACAAGCCCACCACACUCUGGCUGAAGAAAUGUCGUCUCAUUUCAGUUUUAAAUUUACCCCCUAUAAUUUUAAGGCUGUGCCCACAGCUCCUAGUCUCCCCGCCUAAUGGAAACAACUUCCUAGCAUCCACCCCUUCUAAACCACACAUUAUCUUGUAAGUUUCUAUUAGAUCUCCCCUCAACCUUCGAAACUCUAAUGAGUACAAUCCCAGGAUCCUUAGCCGUUCAUCAUACGUUAAACCUAUCAUUCCAGGGAUCAUCCGUGUGAAUCUCCGCUGGACACGCUCCAGGGCUAGUAUGUCCUUCCUGAGGUGUGGGACUUAGUUGAAGGUUGUUGGAAACCCCAGUGAAGUGACAUUAAUGACCAGUCCGGCUGUUAGUAUUUUUCGCAGUAUUUCCAUUAAAAUUCUGGAGGGAGGCUGGAAAGGUGCAUAGUUGCUAGCUGUCCAUUUUCUGAACGUUGAGAAAUCUCAACUUUGAACUGCAGCAAGGUGGAAAGGGACAAAGAGUUAAUUUGACUUCAGGUUAUACCUUUCAAACAAUGUACCUGAGUAGAAAUGGGCAAACAGCAAAAGAGGCCAUUUGACCUGUUUUGUCAGCAUUAACAUGGAUUUUCAGAAAUUUUGCUUGGAAUUUAGUUUUGGGCUUUUAGUUGAUCAAUAUUUAGUGAUACGACAUUGAAAAUUUUAGCGAACCUUUCAGGGCAGAAGCAUUGGCAAAAUUGUAAUUGUUAGUCUGUUGUUUUAAAACCCAUUAUGUCAUUCAACCAGGUUUAAUUUUUUUUCAAGAGCUUUUACUGAGAUUUAUAGUGUGCAAAAUGGAUGUUCAAAUCAAAUCAGAUAACUUGAAGUGCCCUCUUCGAGCAGUGGCAAUUCAUUGACAUCAGCUUUGGGCUUCUGUACUUGACAGGCAUGGGAGGUAUUACUGAUAACAAAGAGGUGUGGCUUGAGGUGGGAGGAGGGGAUAGGUGAGAGGAAGAACAGGUUAGGGAGGUGGGGAUGAGCUGGGCUGGUUUUGGGAUACGGUAGGGUGAGGGGACAUUUUGAAGCUGGUGAAAUCCACCUUGAUACCAUUGGGCCAAGGUAUUACUGUUCAUUUCACAUUUGUGAUCAUAGGAAGCAUUUACAAUUUCAUCAUCAUUAUGAUGGUAAAACCCUUGGUCAGCAUUCUUAACAAUGUUCUUCAAUUGUGCAUUACUUAUGAGGCUUGAGGGUUGAAUCUAAAGUUUUUGUUUACAAUAGUUUGAGACAUCUGAGUUAACAAUGUAACAUUGUGAUUCACUGUGGCUUAGUCAUGACAUCUGUGAACAUUGAAAAUGACAUUUUCUUAACUUCCUAACAUCAGGAACUGAUUGAUUCAAUAGUAUUGUGCAAUAGUAUGCGAAAUGUCGGUUACUUGAGACUAUUUCUAAGGAAUGUAUGAAUUUGAAAAUUGAGUGUAAAAUAUAACUGACCUUUUCUAUGGAUAAUUUGAUCCUUGAGACUUUGUUUUAGGAGAACAUAGGCUGGUUAACUUUAGGCAUUAAGUAAUGUAGAGCUUUUGUUACCAUGAUGCAAGUGUAAAUUAAGCAGCUGUUGUUGGUAAUAUUAAAUAACAACGCUUCUUCUGUAAUGGUUAAUUUAGCAGCAAUUUGUCUAUUUUGUCAAGAUGCAUAAUGAUGCAGAAAUAGAAUGUGCAUUUCUAUUUUUCUAAGUAUCUGCUCUUUGAAAUUAUACAUUUAUUAUAAGUAGUCAAACUGCCACAAAUCUUGUAAAAUAAAUACUUUGUAAUUGUAACAAAUGACACCUGUAAUUAAGGUCUGAUUUUGGCUCCAUCAGCAGCUGAUGUACUUCAGCUAAAUAAAUACAUUUGUUGAUCUUGAAGUUUUUAACAGUAUGAAUAAUGCUGUGGUUGGUUACUUAUAAAUGUUUAUGUUGCAUUUUGAUUACUACUUGUCACCAUAUUUGUGAACAUCUUUUUUGCUUGUUGAGCCAUAUUUAUAUUGAAUAAGAUAGAGAACUGUACAGAACACUAUUUCUGAGACUGACCUUGCUAUGGGCUGGUUGCUUGCUGAAAUAAAAGAUGUGAAAAUUG